AGCCGGACAGUAUAUCAGUACAGACGGGUGGUGGAGACGGGAUGGCUCGAUUGGGAGGCGAAGGAGCUUCUCACUCGGGAUAUUGUGAAUCGGGUGAAUCACACAGAGAUUGUCCUUCAGCCUCACGCUCCGGUGUUAUAAUUGUCGGGGCAACCGCUGGGACAAUUGGAAAUGCAGAGGGAGUUGUGACCACGACAUCUUCUAGUGAACACUCCAAAUGAGCUGUAUCUGAGCUCCAGCAGAUGUUGAAUGUGAGCACCCACGGUUGUAUCUCAAGAGCAGGAAGAAAUACGGAAAAUGGCAGCUGAAGAGGUGGAAGGAAAUGUCAGCAAAGAGGUGUUUCAGCUCCUAUAGUACACUCAACACACUCGGUCUUCAGCUCAGCCAGGCCACACCCAGCAGACAUCGUAAGAGGCUAGCAUCUCUGGCCGGAU